AUGGGAUCUAUAGUUAAGAAGUUAAAUGGAUGGUGCUGGUCUAUUUGUGUGAUGGGAAACCUUGUGAUUGUUGGUGAUAGUCGGGGUCUUUUGAUUGCUGUUGUGAAAAGUUUAACUGUCUGGAAAAUAGUGAAAAAAAUCAAAACAAUUGAGGUUGCUGCCGUUAAUUUAUCUUUAGGUUCAGAUAAAGAUAUUAAUAUGAGUAUGAGUAGGGGUAGAGAUAUGGAUGGAGAUAUGAGUAGUAGUAGAGAUAGUAGUAGUAGAGAUAGUAAUGGAGAUAUUAAUGGUAGAGAUAUUAAUAGUAUGUGUGGGAGUAAGGAUAUGAGUAAUAGAGAUAUUAGUAUGAGUAGUAUGAGUAAUGUUAAUAGUAUGAGUAUGAGUAAUAGAGAUAUUAAUGGAGAUAUUAGUAUGAGUAAUAGAGAUAUGAGUAAUAGAGAUAGUAAUAGUAUUAGCAAUGUUAGUAGUAAUGGAGAUGAUUGUUGUGGGGUGGAAGAUGAUGAUGAGGAAGAAGAUGAUGGAUUGGUGCGACGGAUAGAAGUAGGUUGGGGAAUGCAUGGAGUGGUUGGUGUUUGUUAUUUUGAUGGACGGUGUGUACUGGUUGAUGUUUUGCGUGGGAAGGUUGUGCAGGAAUUGGAAGGGGCUGAAACUGAAGCUAAAUCAGUGGCUUUUGAUGGGAUGGGCCGGUUGGCAGUUAGUACGCGGUCGGGAUCUAUUUGGAUUUGGCGGCAGUCGGAGACGGGUGAAUGGGAGAUUGAAGAGAUUAUUGAGUAUAGUGAAAGUGAUGUAAAGACUGUUUUGUGGUAUAAGGGAGUUUUGUUUAGUUGUGGGUAUGCUGAAGAGAUAGUGUUGUACUCGGUUUGGUCGGAUGAAAUGUGUGGAGUGAAGUGGGAGAUAGAUUGUAUUUUGAAAGAAGUAUCUACAGUUUGGGAUAUGGUAGUGGUGGAGUGGUUAGAAGUAGGAUACUUAGGAGCAGUCUUGCAAAAUGGUGAUUUGGUGAUUUAUAAGGAAGAUGGGGGUGAUUGGAAGUUGAGUAGUAGAUUGUCUGUUUCCAACCAUCCGAUUAUUGCGAUGUGUUCGUGUUGGGUUGGGGAUGAACCGAUGUUUGCGAUGGUGAUUAAUCGGUAUACUUUAGGUCUGUUUAAAGUGACUGGUGAGUUGUAUUGGGAGAAGCGAGUUUUAGAGGAGGAGGAAGAGCCGAUGGAUAUUGUUUGGUCACAAGAAGGUGAUUGUUUUUUGGUUCUUUCAACUCAGAUGCGACGUGGUGAACGAACUAGUCUUGUUCGACAAGUUAUGAUGAGUUAA